CUGCUGCUCUGUCCAUGGGGCUUCACUGGUUGGGAAGACAGCUCAGCUCUGCGUGAAAAACACAUCUCACAUACUGAGAAAUCAUGCUUUGCCCCAGGAUGGAGAACACUUCAGGGCACAGUCCACAACUUCCCAGGACACUCUCUUGCUCAUUUAGCACCUCAGGGUAUCAGCCACGGUCAUUUCAUUUAAAUGAACCCAGUGACCCAGCCUCCACCUUUCAAAGGAAUCUGAGGAACCUUACCUGCCAAGUCCCAACUGAGUCCCUGUGACACGCAGGAACGCGGGCCAGGCUCUUGUGUAGGUUAAGGAAGUCUGAGAAGAAUAAAGAUUAUAGGGGAACAGUCUACCUUUCUUUACAAGGUCUUGUUCUGCAUCCCUGAAAUCUCAGAUUCAGCUCUUACAAUGAAGUCCUGUUGUCGAAAGAGCUGGCCUUUUAUCACCACUUAAAAUCUAAUUAAUCCAUAUUGAAGCACAAAGAUUUCUGUUGUAUUUAGGGUGAGGGGUCAUAGAGCCCUCUUUGUUCAUCCUUAGACUUAGAAUCAUCAAGCAUUGGGGAUAUAAUUUUACCAAGCAAAUUGGAAGGUAACAGAUCAAAUCCUUAUCAAAAAGCCUAACUCAUAGUUUUAACAGAGUCCUUCGUCCUUUACGUGAAACAUUAUAUUCAAGAACAAAAACGUAUUUCAGAGUGCCCGAAGAGUUAAUGCCCGCGGCUUAUACUCCGGGUAGCAUAGAACCUCGGUCAUCACACUACCGCCAACCACAAAGACAGCAACUCCUAUAGGGGUGGUGACGGUUCUAAGACCUGUUGCAAUGGCUUUAGACUUUAGAGCAGCAAUGCAAUUCAUUGGACUUUUAUUAUCUUCAUCGGGAUGGGUUUUAUCCAUUAUCACGACUUACUUGCCACAUUGGAAGAACCUCAACCUGGACUUAAAUGAAAUGGAGACCUGGACCAUGGGGCUCUGGCAAGCCUGCGUCAUCCAGGAGGAAGGUGGCAGGCAGUGCAAGGACUUUGAUUCUCUCCUGGCUUUGCCUGCCGAACUCAGGAUCUCCAGGAUUUUAAUGUUCCUGUCGAAUGGGCUGGGACUCCUGGGGCUGCUGGUCUCUGGCUUUGGCCUGGACUGCUUGAGAAUCGGAGAGAGGCAGCAGGAUGUCAGGAAGCGACUGCUAAUCCUGGGGGGAAUCCUGUUCUGGACGGCAGGCAUCACGGCCCUGGUGCCGGUCUCCUGGGUGGCACACGUGACAGUCCGGGAGUUCUGGGAUGAGACCAUCCCAGAGAUUGUGCCCAGGUGGGAGUUUGGGGAAGCCCUCUUCCUGGGCUGGUUCGCUGGAUUUUCUCUGCUCCUGGGAGGGUGUCUGCUCAACUGCGCAGCCUGCUCCUCCCCAGCUCCUGCAGCUGCAGGGCCCUACGCCGCUGCAGAAAGGCGAACUCAGUGCCCAUACCUGCACAAUGGAACAGGGGAUCCCAAAGUGUAAGGACCACAGAGAUGUAUCUUUAUACAUCUACUGUGAUGUAAAGCUCUAUGUGAUCAAGGGGUCUUUUUUACAUAAUUCAAUCUGUGAUCACAUUUUCUUAUUAAAUAACUACUUUUCUACUAGAUUCUCCCACCCCCAAAAUUUGGAGAAGAGGCAAAUCUUAGGUCUACAAAAAAAUUAUUAUGGGGAGCACUACAGAGAUCGGAGCAAAAAAUGUCACUGAUCAGGUUAUUUAAAUCAAAAUGCGGUGGUGGUCCGAUAUAAUCAAUAUUAAGCUUUAAUGUGUUAAUUUUAUAUUAGAAACUUCUUUUUUGUUGCUACCUGUAGGUGAUAAUGUUUCUGUUUCCUAAGGAAAAAAAGGGACCAAUCUGAAAUCUUGUAAGCCUUCUGCAUUAGCAAAAGCACAUGUUCAGCCUCUCGAAGAGUGUUAUUUCCACUGACCGAGACAAUGGCCUUGGUCUUUGAGCAGAGGUGGUUUGUGUUUAGGAAAUUCCCAGGCGGCCUGUGGGACAGGAUUUUAUGAGGCUGAAGGUUUUCAGUACAUCAGGAUGCUCUCAGAUUCAAAUUCCUGGUCAAUCUCCUCUCUCGUCUCUUCCCUUAAAGCUUCAUGUUUUAAAAAGAGAAUUCCAAAACCUUUUUGCUUGAUAUCAAUACUGACAGAUCAUUUGCUCUAA